AUGUCCUGCUGAGGAGCUACAAUUGGUAUGUUCCAGUGCUGAAUAAUGGCAACUAAUAGCAGUGUUGGCAUACUGAAUUCUGCUUACCUGGCUGUAGAAUCCAUAGACUCUUUCUUGCCCCAGAAUCCGCUACAGCAGCCAUUUAAAAAUGCUUGGAUCUCCAUGCUGAAUAAUUAUACGAAGUUCCAGAUUGCAACCUGGGGGUCACUUCUCGUGCAUGAGCUUGCAUAUUUCUUAAUAUGCUUGCCUGGAUUUGUAUUUCAGUUUAUACCUUACAUGCAAAAGUAUAAAAUACAACAGGAUAAGCCAGAAACAUGGGAAAAACAAUGGAGAUGUUUAAAAAAAGUGAUGUUCAGUCACUUCUUCAUUCAGUUGCCUCUGAUAUGCGGUACCUACUAUUUCACAGAAUAUUUCAGCAUUCCUUAUGACUGGGAACACAUGCCAAGAUGGUUUGUGAUACUUGGCCAAUGUUUUGCGUGUGCUGUGAUUGAGGACACCUGGCAUUAUUUUCUGCAUAGACUUCUGCAUCACAAGAGAGUAUACAAGUACAUCCACAAAGUGCAUCAUGAAUUUAUUGCUCCAUUUGGGAUGCAAGCAGAGUAUGCGCACCCUCUGGAAACCCUUAUACUUGGGGCGGGAUUUUUUAUUGGAAUAGUACUCUUCUGUAAUCACGUAAUUCUUUUGUGGGCGUGGGUAAUUUGUCGCUUGCUGGAGACCAUUGAUGUCCACAGCGGCUAUGAUUUGCCUCUGAAUCCUUUGCAUUUGUUGCCUUUCUAUGGCGGGGCUCGCUUUCAUGACUUCCAUCACAUGAACUUCAUUGGCAACUAUUCUUCAACCUUCACGUGGUGGGACAAAAUCUUUGGCACGGACUCUCAGUACCAAUCUUAUGUGGAAAAAGUGAAGAAACAGGAACAUGUGACGGAAAAGAAGACCGAAUAA